GAGGUCUUCCAGUUUGCUCGCAAUUCCUCGUCCUUUGGUUAAGGGUGCGGAGCACUGUGCACAGAUUAGGAGGGAGGGGUCAUUGGUUGUUAAUAUUUCUAGGACGUCCCUACACCUGUCUGAUAAGGUGGUUGGCGUUUAAAGCCCCAAAUUUACAGUUGGGGAAAUUGUAACCAGACUUAAGUGACAAGCUGUUUAACCUCCCGCAGCCAGUUUCCUCUUACUGGAAAUUUGGCAUUGAUGCAGGCUUGACUUGCAUCUCACGGGGGUGGAGUCAAGAUCAAGAAAGACAAUGAAAGUGACAUACAAAUGGCUGAGCUACACACUAGGAGUUCAUGUUAACCAGGCCAAACAGAUGCUGUAUGAUUAUGUUGAAAGGAAGCGAAAGGAAAAUUCGGGAGCCCAACUGCAUGUCACCUACUUAGUGUCUGGCAGUCUUGUUCAGAAUGAACAUUUGUGCCACAAGGUUGCAGUAGUGAGAGAAGAUAAAUUGGAAGCAGUGAAGUCCAAGCUGGCCGUGACUGCCAGCGUCCAUGUGUACAGCGUCCAGAAAGCCAUGCUGAAGGACAGUGGGCCUCUGUUCAACACCGACUAUGACAUCCUUAAAAGCAACUUGCAGAACUGCAGCAAGUUUAGUGCCAUACAGUGUGCCGCUGCGGUCCCUAGAGCUUCUGCCGAAACCUCAUCUUCUGAAAAGUUGGAGCAGUCAAAUCUUCAGGCGUCAAGUGAGGCACAAGCCAGUAAUGAGUUGACCACCAAUGGAUAUGGCCCACCUAGCUCCAAACAGAUUUCCCACCAACCUAAAGGAAUUAUGGGAAUGUUUGCCUCUAAAGCUGCUUCUAAAACCCAAGAGACCAACAAAGAAACCAAAACAGAAGUUAAAGAGGUGACAAAUGCAUCUUUAGCAGGUAACAAAGUACCAGUGAAAGGGAAUGUGAUGAACAAUUUUUUUGGAAAAGCUGCUAUGAAUAAACUGAAAGUCAAUUUGGAUUCAGAGCCAGCACUGAAAGAAGAAAAAAUUGUGGAACAACCUCCACUGUCUGUCACUGAACCAAAGCUGGCAGCCCCCACAGGCCUGAAGAAAUCCAGCAAAAGAGCAGAGCCUGUUAAGAUGCAGCAGGAGAAAAAAAGGGGGAAGCGAGUGGAGCUGUCUGAUGACGAAACGAAAGAAACUGUGAGCACAAAGAGAAAGAGGAGAAGAGUCAAACUUCCCGAGUCUGAUAGCAGUGAAGAUGAAGUCAUACCAGAUUCUCCUGGGGCUUAUGAAGCUGUGUCACCAUCCCCACCUCCUCCUGCGUCUCCCCCUCCUGACCCAGCACCGAAGACUGAACCAGAGCCUCCUUCUGUCAAGAUCAUAGGCGGAGAAAACAAAAGAAAACGAAAGCGUGUGCUGAAAUCUAGAAUGUUUCUGGAUGAGGAUGGCUGCAUGGUGACUGAAAAAGUCUACGAGAGCGAAUCCUGCACAGACAGCGAAGAAGAACCUAAGAUGAAGACAUCAUCCAUACACAGACCCCCAGCAGUGACUGUCAAAAAAGAGCCCAAAGAGGAACGAAAGGGCCCCAAGAAAGGGACUGCUGCUGGGGGCAAAGCCAACAGACAAGUGUCCAUCACUGGCUUCUUCCCGAGGAAGUGACCGCCAUCUCUGUCGGGUCAGAGGUGUGGAAUGGUCAGGGAGGAGACCAAGACGUACAGACUCUCGCUUACUGUGUAAGUUCAUCCAGCGCCUCGCCUCACCUAUGUCAGAGGACCGUUCUUUCGUCUUGUAAGGUUUAUACUACCGGUUUCUAGGCAAAAAGAAGUCACCUGGAAGCAAGAGGCAAAAGAAUAUUUAAAAAGAUGUUACCUUCUAAUGACAUUUUUAAAGCACAGUCUUUGACCUGUCCAGCAGAAGACUUUACUCCAAAAAAAACUGGAACAGGUUUCAGAAUUACCACUGCAGCCAUUUAGUGGCUAACCCACCUCGCCCUACCUACCCCGUGUCCUGAUCUGCAUAUGGCUCUGGGAGUAUUCCUCCUCAUUCCUUUGUAUUCUGUGGACUCGUGUGGUAUUCUUUUAUCCCUGAAUUUUAUUGGAUAUGUUUACCACUCCCUUAUCAUCCCUUCCCCUCUAACACAGUUCUUUGUGAAGCCGUUUUCUGUAACUUUGAAAUCUUGGGUGAACUAAAGGCUGAAACAAAAAU